AAUGAGAUUUGUGACAACUGCAAUGACAUAUAGUAAUGAACAUUCAUGUGCUGCUCUUGUUGCUGUUUUUUCUGACACCGGGAGGCUGUCCCAUGUACAGCAUCGACCUGUCCACUCUGGAGGUGCCUAAUGACUUCCAGAACGACCUGACCCUCCAGUCGAUGCUCAGCUCGGAGCUGGAGCAGUCCCGGAACGACCUGAACGCCAACCAUGAGCAGCGGAUGCAGAUGCAGAGGUCCGUAUGGGAUGACCCACCCGGCAGUCACAGGGCCACAACAGUGGCACCCAGAAUGCUCCUCCCAAAGGUAUCGCGCAGUGCGGCCAGCAAGGACGAGAACGCGGACCUCUUUCUGGGCACCAAUCUUUUUGGCAGCAGCACGAGGAAGUGCUUCUCCAUGGAGGACAUUGCGCUGAUAGCCGCCCGCCGGGACUUCGAGACGCUGCUGCCCAAGUCCUUCCCCAGCAGCAUGCUCUGCGACAGCGUCGUCCAGAUGCUGAUGAAGUACUUCCACACGGUCAACCGGAUCGUCAAGGGCAUGGCCGAGGACGAGGCGAAACUGGUGCUGCAGCGAGCCUUCUACGAUGCGCUCGGCGGAUACCUGCACUACUACCUGUUGCCCGUGGCCCAAGUCUCUUUCUACGCCGGUCGCCUCAAGCUGUGCACGAUGGAGCGGCUGGUGGCCCUCUACCAUCAGUGCCUGGUCGUGCUGAAUACGAACGGCAACGGCUGGCGGACGCCCGUGGGGGACAUUCUCAGCCAGCUGAAGAGCGUGCGGAUCAGCCCCGUGAAGCUGCCAGCCAGAAAGCAGGGGGAGGAAGAUGCCUCCAGCUGUGCGCUGCUCGAGCAGACCUCUGGCUGCAAGGAGGCGCCGAACGACCAGAUGAUCGUCCCGCUGCCCCGCCUGGAGCCCGUCGAUGGGUAUGGGUACCUCACGAACAUCUACCUGCCGCUGAAGCAGCGGCGCAUCUACAACCUGCGCUCGCCCCACUCGGCCUUCGUGCUGGUGAAGUUCUUCCAGACGGUGACCCAGUGCUACCGCUUCCAGGGCAUGUGCCAGAAGGCGUACAACAGGAAGCUGCGCAACUGGAUCCGCGAGAGCCUGCAGCUGCACUACAAGGACGAGGUCUUCUAUCCCGGCCUGGGCGGCAUCUUGCAGGUCUACGAGCUGCUCCAGAAUGAAUACCAUGGCAAGGCGACGCAGCCAGAGGGCGAGUGCCAGGAGGAGCAGUGCUUCAUGGACUACCAGGAAACGUCGGAUGAUGUCACAGACACUGGGCACGUGGCAGCAGGUGGCAGCAAGGGCCGCAAGCAGAGCCGUUCACCAAACUCCAAAAAGGAGCGGGAGACACAAGCGCAGAACCAGGAGGGGGAGGAGUGUCGGGAGUGCGAUGAUGAUGCCUCAUCCGCAUAUGUGGCCUGGGUGGCACUGUUUCUGGCUUCGCUCCUGCUGCUCCUUCUGCUGAUCAUCUACUGCUGCAUGCGGAAGGGCCGCAAGCCGCAGGUGGGCCCGAGGAUACCCCACAAGAGGGAUCCGGAAGUGCCGCCGCCCACGAAGGCAAAAGUAGUCACCGAAACGAAACCCUCCAUGCCCAGGAGAAUGGCCUUCCAAGGGUCCUACUACUCGUCACCCAUUGAGGUCAGCCACUCGGAGAAGUCCCCCCAAAGCAAUGGCAAUGACUUUCGAAGAUUCCUCGAUGACACGCACACCUCCACCUCCUCGCUGGCCUGCCAGUUCAACCGGAAAUGCAUGCCCAUGAAGUUCGCGCGCAGCUCCCCGGACGAGUACUACACCAGGAAGAGGCGCCUGUCCAGGGUCAAGCAAAAGCUCUCAAAGCCGUUCCAUCUCCUGGACACUGAGUCCGAGCAGCACACGGAAGAAGCAUCCCCCAGACCCGCGCCCCGAAGGAAACCUCUUCCUCCUGCCGCUAGAGAGGAGGCAGAGGAUCCUCAAAGAAUGCCCACACUGGACUCGUACCGAUCCAUUACGGAGGUGACUACAGAAACUGAGCGUGCCAGAGACAGGGACCUGGAGAAGCAGAAGAUACGCAGGCGGUGCGAGGAGGAGCUCAAAGAGAUCAAACGGUGUGAGGCCAUCAAGGAGAUCAACAGGUGUGGGGAGGAGGACCCAAAGGCGGCACCCUCGGUGCUGAAAACCAACGACGCCACAGGGGCCACGAAAAAAUCAAAGGAGCCACCUCCGGAGAAGCCCAAGAGAAAAGACAAAAAGUUGGAGACGGACAAGGGCCAGGAUGAGCCACGAAAGUCACGAAAGAAGUCCGAUCCAAAAGCAGAGCCCAUGAACUCAGAUGCCAAGGAGAAAAGGCUGACAGGUGGAGGCUGUAUUGUGAGCGAUUCGCCGAAGGACUCGCCAGGCUGGGAGACGACCUUUGAAGAUUCCCUGUGAUUUUUUUUUUAUAGUUAUUUUUUCGAGUUUUGUUUUCUAUUUUAACAAUUAAAUUGAGUUGAGUUAUU